UUGUGCCGAAGACCCCCCCAGGCCCAGCCGAGAGGCAAAUAUAGCAAAGGCAGAAAAGAAGGCCACAGAGGUUAUCAAGGCUAGAAGGUCUAGGGAGGCUAAGUCAGGGGUGAAAAAACUAAGCCGCCAAGUAGUUGGUAUGUUGGCACUGCCUCAAACUCUAACUCAAACAACCAGUUACAGUGUCCUGCCAGCUAUCAAGAAGGGCACUAAAGUUACCCUCCAGUCCUCCAGCUCCCUCUCCCUCUCCGAUGACAACAAGGAGGCACUAGGGGCCGUCUGCCAGGUCCUGACCACCAGGGUGGGAGACAUCCUGAACAGUACCUGCAACAACGAUUACAAGGCCAGACUCAUCAUCCAGAAAGGAUUGGAUUCCGGUGCCAGGGAAAGGUUCCCUGACUCUCUGUGUUCCUCUUCACCCAAGGACGAAGAGGAGGUGGUUGUAAGUGUCAUGACUGUCUCAUACCCUAAGCCCUCCACCUCAACCCAGGCAGCAUGGGCAGCUCCUGCCCAGACUCUGGAAGAAGAGGUGGGGGGGGCUGAGGUCUCCGAGAUGAGCUCCCUGAUGCCCACCAAAAACAGGCAGGACCCCCUGGAGAAGAUUCCCUCCCUCCUACCAGGCAAGGAGCACAUCCUCCUUUGCAGCACUCCCUGGGCCACCGUCAUGAGCCCCCAGACUCUGAAGUUUAUUCUCCACGGCAUCAUGUGCCAACUGGAGGCCUCAGAGUCCCCCAGACAAGGAGGGCCAAUGACCCCUUCAGGCUGA